CCAAAAAGCCCGCCGCAUCACCUUGCUCAGUAUACAACUACCAAGCUUCGUGCUGCAUUCAAUGCCCGGAGCCGAGCGUCCAAACCUCAACUGGCGCGCCCUUGCCCUCGUCUCCCUCGCCACCUGCACGAUCACUGCCGCCAGCAUCCUCCUGCUCCUCGACAGCCGCCACUUUCGAUCUUCCCGCCGCAGCAGCAAUAAGAAUAAGCAACAUCGCUCCAGCUCCGAAGCGUCUGACGAAGAUCAAAACAUGCCAGGACCAAGUAAGACAGCAACAGAGGAGAAAAGGAGAGGUGCAGCUGUUGACUAACGGUGUUUUACUAGUCGUGUAUCUGAACAACCCGAACGCGUGUCUGGACUACGCGGUGGGCGCUGGGGGCGCCGAUGAAUUCGACGACGCCAAAUACGUCGUCAAACAGAUCUGCUCCGACUGGUGAGACGACGUGGGAUCGUAGCCAUGUGUUGUAGAACUAGAUUAACGGAGCAAUCAUGUCUGACGUGGCAGGAGGGACGCUGUAAAUGAUGCCAUCUCGGUCAAGAUCAUCGUGGGCGGCAUCACCAACCGCCUCUAUCGUCUCAUGUGGGGGGACAAGUCGGUGCUUGUGCGUCUGUACGGCGACCACACUGAGGAAUUCAUCGACCGCAGCAUUGAGAACAUGUUGUUCGCGUUGCUGUCGGAGCGAGGAUUUGCCCCCACGUACUACGGUCGCUUCAAGAACGGCCGCGUCGAAGCCUGGUUGGACGCUAGGCCACUCGAGCCGGAGGAUAUGGGCCAGACUGAGCCCAUUAACUACUUGCAGAUGAUCGGCCGCGAGUUGGGUAUCAUGCACAUUAUGGACAUCCCAGAAGACCGCACGCCUGUAUUAUGGACCAAGAUUGAGCGCUUCGAGAAGCUGGCGAUGGAGAUCGAGCUUGAGGAUCCGGUCAAGAACGCCGCGUUAGAGGAACUAAACCUCGCGGAUCUGCAUCAGAAACUGCAGUGGCUUAAGUCGGUGCUUCCCUCGAAUCACAACCACGAUGGUGAGGACCUACUGGAUGAUCUAGACACGGACGAGAUCACGAAGCAGGCCGUAGCGUUCGCGUCCGACGUCGUUUUCUCCCACAACGACCUGCUGAGCGGCAACAUCCUGCAUAACCCGGACUGGGAUCGCGUCCAGAUCAUUGACUACGAGUACGGUGGCUACAACUACCGUGGAUUCGACUUUGCCAAUCAUUUCUGUGAGAACUGUGGUUUCGAGCUGGACCUGGCGCUGUAUCCGAGUAUUGAGAAGCAGUUUGCGUUCUUCAAGGCGUAUAUGAGCACAGCGGCACCCAAGACGUUGGCUCAGCUGGAGGCUAAUCGUGAAUCCAAGGCGUUUUUCCACGCGUUGUACGACGUGGUGAACCGCUACGCACUAGCAUCGCACUUGUUCUGGGGCUACUGGGCCCUCGUUCAGGCCGCUCAUUCCAAGAUCGAUUUCGACUUCUUCGAGUACGCAGCUAAGCGAUUCAAAGCCUUCGACGUGCACCGCGAGUUCUUCAUCGGAUCUAGUUAGUAUAGUGCAACACAUACACAACUUAUGAAGUUUCGGAAGCAGAGUCCAUGUGAACGUCCAGUAAAUUGCGCAAUAAAAUGCCUCUACCCCCGCUUCGAUCUGCCAGGAGUCUGCGGAUACCCAAAUCUACAAAACAUAACGUUAGUACCAGAUUAACGCUUCCGCUUGACAUCGCCCGAGGUCUCGAGACUCAUGUCGAACGCCGGUAGGUUCUCCAGUGAUGUGGACUCGCUGGUCUUCUUGAAGUAGCGGUUGAUGAUAACUGGCGGCUUUUCAGGGAGCGUCAGCGUCAGCUCCACGUGCAUGCGGCCUCGCGGGUCCAGCGUACGGAUAUCUGUGAGCACGCCGCGGAAGCCCGAGAGCUGCGUGACGGUCUUGAUCUGCGACGCGUCGCCCGUGACGGUGAUGAGAUUGUUCUUGACGUUGACUUCCUGGCCGAACUUGAGCUGUUUGGUCUCCGUGAAGAUACGCGUGCGGCGCGUGAUGAUAAAGUCUCCGGGUGUCUGGCUGAUAAUUACCAUGAGAUCCAGCUUAUCUGCGGCCUGGCGGGCGAUGAGCGGCAGUCCCAUGGCCUCCAAGUAGUCAUUGGUCGAGUCCGAGUCCUCGCGGUCGAGCGACCAGCGGCCCGACAGCUGCAGCGCACCUGCGCCCGCAGUGUUGGGCACAGCAGCAGCAGCACCGGCACUGGGAAGCACUACGCUGGCUCCGCCCACAGGGACCGCGGGUUUGAAGGCGGCGCUUCGUACAUGGCUGAGGUUCAUCUGUCCCAACUGGUUCAUGGAAACGGCCGUGGGCUGCGCUGCAGCGGCCCCAGCACCAUUGGCAGCUCCAGCGGCAGCACCCAGACGCGACGGAAUCGCCAUAGAGUUGCCCACGACGCUCGUGGCGUUGGCCGCGUGCAGGUUGGACGCGUUCUUCAUCUGGUUCAGGUUCAUGGCGACGACGGGAGGCAAGCGUCAAGCGUUAAUGGAGCUCUUUACGGUUGACAAACUGAGAUUGGAUGAAAAUGGAGUUCUUUAUUCAAAUUUGUGAUUGGAAUAAAUGAG